CAAACGUACAUGCAAUUCUGUCGUUAAAUGUAUCGUGAAGUAUAUUGUAUAUUGAUAUAAUAAAAGAAACGUACAUCGCGUCGUGCGCUUGAAAUUGCCGAUUGUACGUUAACUAUUGUUCUUUUGUUGCUUCUUACGACUCGCGAUUUACAAAGAACGUGGACAGAAUAACCAAAAAAAAAAAAGCUCUAUCAUGAACGGAUGAAUACUAAAAGUAAGCAACGAUGGUGUUUAAAUUAAAGAAUAAUUUCAGUCGUUCUUGUGCAAAAAACCAGAAGGAAACUGAGAGAGAGGCGCGUAAACCUUUCCUCAAGACAGAAGCUCUAUACGUAGCGUUAAUGUGUUUCGCAACACACUGUUUGAGUUCAAUUACUUUUGAAGCUGGAAAUCGUGCUCCCCACGCGAACACAGUGACCAAAUCGGCAGCCUUUAACGCUCUUUUCCGGCGAAGUUUUAAUCUGAAGAUUGUAAUACCCGUGACGAAUGUAAUCACAGGACUAAUAACCACGAUAAUGAUGAUUGUGGGUGAUAAGCAUGGCAUUCCUUAUCUUUAUUUGCCGUGGUUGGUGAAUACCAUGAAAGGAAUAGCUCUCUGCGAAGGACCAGCGCUUUUAAACUUGGCCAAAUUACUUCUACCUAACAUUUCGUUUCCCGCAGGAACUUUCAUACUUACAACUUUCCUUCUAUAUGUGGAAGAAUUAUGCAUUUGGAACAACGCUUUCGCGAAUUUUCAACGAUGCUGGAAGGAUUACCAUUACCGAAAGCAAUGCAUCGCGACGAAAAUGAAAAAGAAAUUGCUCGCAACGCGCAAAAAAAAGGUACUUUGCCAAGGCGAUGCGGAAGAUAAAUUAAAUGUUACCGUAGAAAAGUUAAAAGCUCAACAGAGACCCGACGAGUUUCGCGGCAAAUCUAAUAGCCAAAUCUCCACGGAUUCCGGUGUGAAACCUAUUAAAAGUAUCCUUGAAGAUAACAGUAAUUUUUAUAAAACACAAUUAUGGGAUGUCUCUGGAUAA